UUCAUAGCAUACACACCAGACCAGAAUCACCAGAUCACCUACUCUCAUAUAUUCCAAUUUCCAGUUUACCUCUUCACUGUUAGUUAACAAUGGCUGAAACUGCUGCUUCUGCCCUUCUCAAUGUCAUUUUUCAGAAGCUAGCCGAUGAAGCCUUCAAGAAAUAUGCUCGCUCUCAGAAGAUUCACUCGGAGCUCAAGCAAUUGGGGAUCACGUUGACCCAGAUCCAAGCUCUGCUGAAUGACGCUUCUCACAAGGAAACAACUCAUGAAUCUGUCAGGCUAUGGCUCAAUAGUCUCCAACAUUUGGCUUACAAUAUCGAUGACGUGCUCGACGAUGUGGCUACAGAAGCUAUGCAUCGUGAGCUGACCCCAGAAUCAGAAGCAAGCACCAGCAUGGUAAGAAAGCUCAUCCCAACUUGCUGCACAAACUUCUCACUAAGUCAUAGGUUGACUCCCAAGUUAGAUAGUAUUAACACGCAGUUACAACAACUAGAAAAACAAAAGUCUGAUCUGGGUUUGAUUGUGAAAGAUGAAAAGCCAAAAGGUACUAGUAGAAGAAACGAAACAUCUUUGCUAGAAUCUGAUGUUGUUGGGCGAGAAGGUGAAAGAGAGAAGCUGAUCAACAAGUUGUUGCAGGAUGAGCCAUCUAAACAAAACUUCAUCAUCGUACCCAUCGUUGGUAUGGGUGGGGUGGGGAAGACCACUCUUGCUAGAAUAUUGUACAACGAUACGCGAGUGAAGGAUCACUUUGAACUCAUGGCAUGGGUUUGCGUAUCCGAUGAGUUUGAUAUAUUUAAAAUAAGUCAAACCAUCUAUCAAUCUGUGGCUAAAGAAAGCAAACAAUUUACAGAUACAAAUCAGCUUCAAAUUGCUCUUAAAGAGAAACUUGAGGGCAAACGAUUUCUAGUAGUGCUCGAUGAUGUGUGGAAUGAAAACUAUGACGACUGGGAAAACCUAGUGCGUCCAUUUCAUUCUGGUGCUACCGGAAGUCGGGUAAUUAUGACAACUCGCCAGCAGCAACUGCUUAAAAAGAUAGGUUUUAAUCAUCUAGACCUUCUCGAGAGUUUGUCGCAUGAUGAUGCUUUGUCUUUAUUAGCUCGACAUGCAUUGGAUGUAGAUAACUUUGACUCGCAUGAAACACUUAAACCACUAGGUGAAGGUAUUGUCGAAAAGUGUGGUUGUUUGCCUUUGGCUAUAAAGGCAAUCGGAAGGCUGUUGAGAACGAAGACAGAUGGAGAAGAAUGGGAUGAUGUGUUAAACAGUGAGAUAUGGGAUUUAGAAACUGCUAAUGAAAUUGUUCCAGCCCUCAGGCUAAGUUACCAUGAUCUUUCUGCCGAUUUGAAGCGAUUGUUUGCUUAUUGCUCUUUAUUCCCUAAGGACUUUUUGUUUGAAAAAGAAGAAUUGGUAUUAUUAUGGGUGGCUGAAGGGUAUCUGAAUGAGUCAGUUGCAAACAAAUCACCAGAAUGCUUGGGCCAUGAAUGUUUUGAGAAAUUGCUAUCGAGGUCCUUUUUCCAAUGUGCACCUAGUGGUGAUCCCUUUUUUGUGAUGCAUGAUCUCAUGAACGACCUGGCCACAUUUGUUGCUGGAGAAUAUUUUUUAAGGUUUGAUAAUCAGAUGAAGAUGGAGGAGGAAGCUUUAGCCAAGUACCGACAUAUGUCAUUUGUUCGUGAGAAGUAUGUAGCUUUCCAGAAGUUCAGGGCAUUUGAAAAGGCCAGAAGUUUGAGAACAUUGUUAGCGGUAUAUGUUGGGGUAGAUCAAGACUGGAAGCAGUUUUACUUAUCCAGCAAGAUUUUGGUUGACUUGCUUCCUCAGCUACCACUGUUAAGGGUUCUUUCUUUGAGGCGUUUCAAUAUAAGUGAGGUACCAAAUUCCAUUGGUACUUUGAAGCACUUGCGGUAUCUUAAUCUAUCUCAAACUAAAAUCAAAGAGUUGCCUGAGAAUGUUGGCAAUCUUUAUAAUUUACAGACAUUGAUAGUUUCUGGAUGUGAAAGUCUGACCAAUUUGCCUAAAAGCUUCUUUAAACUCAAAAGGCUGAGGCAUUUUGACAUCAGAAAUACUCCACUUUUGAAGAAGUUGCCUUUGGGAAUUGGUGAGUUGAAAAGCCUACAGACUCUCACUAGGAUCAUCAUCGGAGGAAACAGUGGCUUUGCAAUAACCGAGCUUAAGGGAUUAAAGGAUCUGCAGGGGGAAAUUUCCAUCGAGGGGUUGAACAAUGUGCAAAGCUCAAUUCAUGCACGAGAGGCGAACUUAUCUUUCAAAGGGAUUAACAAGUUAGAGUUGAAAUGGGAUGAUGGGUCUGCAAGUGAAACACUUGAGAAGGAAGUUCUCAAUGAGCUAAAGCCCCGCAGUGAUAAGUUGAAAAUGCUUGAGGUUGAGUGUUACGAGGGAAUGGAGUUUCCAAAAUGGGUUGGGGAUCCGUCUUUUAAUAGAUUGGUUCAUGUGUCGCUACGCGCUUGUAGAAAAUGUACAUCUGUACCGCCACUUGGGCGGCUACCUUCACUUGAAAUUCUAAGGUUUGAAGAUAUGUCGAGUUGGGAGGUAUGGUCAACCAAUAGCGAGGCAAUGUUUCCAUGCCUUCGAGAGCUUCAAAUAAAAAAUUGUCCCAAUUUGAUUGAUGUCUCAGUUGAAGCAUUACCUUCACUAAGAGUUUUAAGAAUAUAUAAAUGUUGCGAAAGUGUGCUGAGAAGUCUGGUUCGAGCAGCUUCAUCAACCACAGAGAUUGAAAUCGGAUCUAUUUUUGGGCUUACGGAUGAGGUGUGGAGAGGUGUUAUAGAGAAUUUUGGGGCGAUGGAAACAGUAAAAAUCAUGAAUUGUGAUGAAAUAAGAUACCUGUGGGAAUCAGAUGCAGAGGCAAGUAAAGUUCUUACAAAUUUAAAGGAAUUGAAGGUAUCUGGAUGUAAAAAUUUGGUGAGUUUGUGUUGUCCAAAUAGCAUUCAGAGUUUAGAUAUCAGAGAGUGUAGUUCAGUUAGAGAUGUUUCCUUCCCAAGAGCAACAACAACAGGUGGAGGAGGGCAGAAUCUCAACUCACUUACUAUAGAUAUACAUGUCUGUGAAAAUUUAAGAUCAAUAAAUCAAUUGAGUCACUCCACUCACCUCACCUUUUUGAUAAUAUUUAAAUGUAAAAUCAUGGAGUUAUUUUCUGAUCUUCAUCAGCUAUCAAAUCUCACCACGUUGCAUAUACAAGAUUGCGAAAGCAUAGAGUCAUUUCCUAACCUCCAGCUGCCAAAUCUCACACAUCUGGAUAUAGAAGAUUGCAAAAACAUGAAGGCAUUUGGUGACCUGCAGCUACCAAAUCUAAUCACUUGGAGCAUAUAUAAUUGUGAAAAGCUGGAGUCAUUUCCUGACCUUCAGCUAUCCAAUCUCACCAUGUUAACAGAUAUGUGUAUCAGUUGGUGUCCAAUGAUUGAUGCUUCCUUUCCUCGUGGGCUUUGGCCUCCCAAUUUGUGUCUCCUUAUAACAGGGAGGUUGAAAAGCCCAUCUCAGAAUGGGGCUAUCAGAAUUUCCCACCUUCCCUUGUUGACCUAUCAUUACGCAGUGAACCUGAUGUGAGGAAUUUUAGUCAGCUGUCCCACCUUUUCCCUUCUUCUCUUACAUCUCUUAGCAUAUGGAAUUUUGAUAAACUGGAAUCAGUUUCAACGGGACUCCAACACCUCACAUCCCUUCAACAUCUCACCAUUUCCUUCUGCCCCAAGGUGAACGAUCUACCAGAGACGCUGUUACGUUCACUUUUGAGUUUGAGAAUAGAAGGAUGCCCAAAAUUGAAAGAAAGGUGUGAAGGAAGAGGCUCCCACUACUGGCCCCUCAUCUCUCAUAUCCCCAAAAU